AGGCAUGUAUCUGAUAUGUGUAUUUAAUAUUUAAUUAGCUCAUUAUAACACCGAAUCCCAUCAAGAAUUGUUUAAGAUCUCUCUAGGAACCUUUUUUUAUACACUACACAGUCUCACUGCAUCCAACUUUCUUCUCUCCAAUCAAGUAUUCACCUCUUCUCUCUCACACACACUCACACUCACACUCACUGUCCCAUAGCUAGUUCUAGAUAUUACUGUUGCUUGGUUUUUGAUGGAUGAAAAGUGGAAGCUGUCAAAGAAAGAAGCAGGUUGCAGCAGCCAGAAUAGCACAUCAUCCACCAAGUCAUUGUUCUCAAGGAGUUGCUCAACAAGAGGCUCUUCUUCAAACUCUCCCCUCUUGAGGAGCUUAUCCCAAAAGAGUUCCUCCACUUCUAAAACCAGCAUCCCUAGGAGCUUCUCUCAGAAGAACCCCUCCAUUGGUAAAAAAUGCACCAGCUUAGCUAAGGAGCACAAAGCCAGAUUUUACAUCAUGAGGAGGUGUGUAGCCAUGUUAGUUUGCUGGCACAAGCAUGGGGAUUCAUGAAGGAAUCACAGAUCCCUUUUCAGAUUCUUAUGUUAUGGUUACACUACCAAAAUGCUGAAGGGAUCUGGUUUUUCUUCUUCUUCGAAUAUAUUCGUUUUGUAAUUACCAAUUCCACAAGUUGAGUUAUAAGAUUGAUUUACUUGCUGCUUAAAGCUUCUGUGUCUCUCUCUCUCUCUAUAUAUAUACAAUUAGUCGACCUUCAGGGAUUCAAUUUCUGAUCAUUAACAAAUACAAAACUCAUUUCGACAUCUUAAUAUCUAUCUCUAGAACCAUUACAUGAGA